AUGGGAGCGGAGCCCUUGGUGGAGUACUUCGUGCCGCGUAGCGUCAGCGAGUUCGACCUGUCGGUGGCGUCCGGCGACACCCCCAUAGGCGGCACCUUCCUGCCGCUGACGGUGCGCAUACCGCGGAAGAUGCUGCCCAAGCAGAAGGAGAAGGUGGUGACGUUCGAGGACGAGAUGGCCGCCCGCCUGGCCAAGAACAACUCCGACCUGCAGGACGUGUUCAUGGAGAGAGGGUUGCUUCCAGGGGGCGGUGGAAAGGCGACUCCCGACCUCGGCGGCGAGUACAUCACGAAGCUGAGCGAUCUGGCGGCCAAGACGAGCGAGCUGAGCGAGCUGAGCGCCGCCAUCAGCGAGUUCAAUCACGCCAAGAAGGACAUGAAGCAGUUCAAGAACUUCAAGAUAUGCGAGGACCUUAAAAAGUGCGAGGACGGUUGUUCGUGCAACGCGGAGGCGGACUGUGACAUUUGCAAAGUGCUGGAUUUCACCAUGAAGAAAGAUAAAUUAUAG